CCGACUCGAGAUCCCCACACCUCCUAAGCUUCACUCAAGAAACGACGACAAUUGGAUCCGCCUCACAUCCCGAGGAUUCAGGAGUCGGUGUCAUGAGGUGAAUCCCAAGAGCUAUGGCCAUGAAUGUCCCAUUGGGUCUCGUCCCAUCGCGGACUGUCUUCCACCUGGGACUCCGGGGGAUGCGACGCCGGUCUGCCGCCCUCUGCAUCGCGAACCGUCUGCUGUCGACAUCAUGCAUCACACCGAAAACCCCAUUACCGAGACGUUCUAAUCCAGCUUUAUCAUGGCCGGGGCUUUCGCGCCAUCCGUGCUCUCCCUGGCAUCAUCGCUAUUCGACCGGACCUGCCCUUAUCCUCGACCGCUAUGAAGAUCUCCCAGACAAUUACACAGACAAGGAGGGUCUGUCGUUUAGGCAAUUUGACUUGACGGAUGCCGAAGUCAAAAGGAUAUUUGGCCCGCGGAUUAAGGGGACGAACGCCAACCGGUUGCUUAGGAUAUUACACGGGAGACGUGUCGCUGGAACGUUAUCUGACCCAUCCUUCCACGUCAACACGGCGCAGUUCACCCAGCAGGAUAAAGAUAGAGCAUUAGAAUAUCUACGGAAAACCGUCCCCGUCGACGAGGUGCUCAAUGCCGGAUUGAGGGCAGAGGACGAGCUUCGGGAGUUGGAGCGUGAGGCGCAGGCCGAGCUUGAAGGGGUAUCCGACACCGCAGCGAGCGAUCCCGACGUUCCCAAGCCCAACCCCGUCUACGGAGAGAGCGCGAUCGACAGGAUACGUGCUGAGAACAUAGCCAAACGCCGGGAGCAAGAGCGCCUCGAGGCACUGGAACGUGAAGAACGCGAGAAAGCCAACCCGGGACCUCUCGCGAAGCUAUCCGACCGGCCUCGGGAGAUCUCUCCGCGCAUGCAAAAGUGGAUGGACCAAGCCACGUCCGACAUGAAAGAGCCGCCCAAGAUGACACACUGUGAGCGGCUCCUGCCAGGGACCGUUGUGGUCUUUAUCUUCGUCGCCGCCGCCGCCGGCUUUGCCGCCCUCUACACCCCGCCGUCAGACAGGGACCGGCUCUUCCCCGAGGUGUCCGCCGGGACGGCGACCAUAGCCAGCCUGAUCGCCCUUAACGCGGGCGUCUGGUUCCUGUGGCGCAUCCCGCCCCUGUGGAAGGUGCUGAACCGCUACUUCGUCCUGGUCCACGGCCUGCCGCGCGCCUCCUCGCUCGUCUUCUCGACCUUCAGCCACAGCGAGUUCACCCACCUCGUCGCCAACAUGGCCGGGCUGUACCUCUUCGGCACCCUGCUGCACGAGGACGUCGGGCGCGGGAACUUCCUCGCCAUCUACCUCGCCUCCGGCGCGCUGGGCGCCCUGGGGAGCCUGUGGCUGCUCACGCUGCGCGGCAGGCUCAUGUACUCGACGCUCGGUGCCUCGGGCGCCGUGUACGGCAUCAUGGGGGCCUACUUUUGGCGGUACCGCUUCGAGAACUUCAGGAUCCUCGGCUUCCCUCCCGAACCGCUGGCGGGUCCUCAGGGCCUGGGCCUUCUCGGGCUGAUUGUAGGCCUGCAUAUCUGGGGGCUGUUGCGGCCGGGUAAGAUGACCAUGGACCUGACGGCGCAUAUGGUGGGCAUGGCGACGGGCAUUUUUGGUGCACAUCUGAUCGAGUCGAGGCAAUCGGGGGGAGGCAAAACAGGAUGGCCUCGUCGAGCACGAUGACUCCAUCCAUGCCGGGGCAGGCCAGAGCGGAUCUCGAUCACGAUAUUCCCCAUGUGAGAUUUCCAUCCUGUAAAUGUACAAUAUUCUCAUGAUAGGGCGAGAACCAUGUAAGCAUAUCCAUUUAUAUUGUACGAGCAGCAUUUGUUUGGAGAAUAAGAGGCCUUUCAAUCUAGGCUCAGUAUAAAGUCAAUGCCAAUCACCUAACCAGAGAG